UUGAGAGCUGUUUCAUCCUUUUCAGCGGCAUUUGUCCCUCGAGGCGAAAAUAUGGGAGAGUUUGACGAGAAGUAUUGGCAGCAAAAGCUCAGAGUGGUAAUCUAUGUUGUUACUCAAUAAAUUAAUGCUUUAUUUUUUUAUGUAAAACUUUUCAAUUUCUGAACCUUCAUUGAUGAUAACUCAAUAAUUAUAUAAUAGUUACAUUGUGAUUUAGUCUGUUUAUACCAUUUUCUGAUGCAGGAUAUGAGAAGCACUACAACUGAAGGCCUAUUUGCUGUUGUGGCUGCUAAUCAGGCCCUUGAAGAUUGCAGUUGGAGACCAACCAAUCAGGACCAGAAAGAGAGGGCUGUAUGUAAUUGCAAUUUUUGUAAUUUGUUUACCCAUGAAGCAGUUGGGAGUUCUUAACUUGUUUAAACAUGUCCAAUGAUUUGUUCCAAUCAAAUUGGAAUUUGGAAGUCUUGGUUUUUUAGGAGAGGGGAAAACUGAAGAACCCACAAAAAAACCUCUCAUAGCAAAGGAGAAUGUCAACAACAAACUCUACCUACAUAUGAUGUGCGGUUGAUGCCAGGACUGAAACCUGAGACACAUACAGCUGUAGGUUGGGGGGCGAGUGCUCUUGCUAAUGUGCCACCCCCUCUUCCCGUACCAUGUGUUUCAGAGGAGUAAUGUUUUUCCCUAAUAUAUCAAAUGCUGGCAGGAUCAGCUUAGCCAAACAGAAGUUACCUUGGAAUAUGGGGAUUGCUUAUAAUCAAAGUCGUUCAAUGAGGUGUGUAACAAAGUCCCCAUUCGGCAUAUUAAAUCCUGUUGUGAGACCAUUUUGUAUUAGUAUGUUUUCACGAUGCUAUUGGUUUUUCGAUCAUAAAUUAUUAUUUAACAAGGGAAAUAUUUUAGAUGUUAUAUCAGGGUGUUCAUUAGGCGUUGGAGAUCGGAGAAUUCUCUGUUUACUACACAGAAUUCUCCAGCUAAGUGCGAUAGCCUAUGACUAUUUUUCUUUCUUUUCAUAAUAUUCUCUUGUAACAUUACACCUUUCUCCUGCUACUAAAAUUCUUAUUGAAAACCCUGUUAUAUGAUUCUGAUUUUAAUUUGGGCAAUCUUAAAAGUUCCUGGAGAAUGGUGAAGCAGCUAUUGGAGGCAGACGAGUAAGGCUUUUACUACAUAUAACAAUGAUAAUAUGAAUAUAACUGUUUUGUUUCAGGGUGUGUCUGUCGGCAUGGGAAUGACUGGGAUGAAGGAUACAUUGCUGGCUGGAGAUGCACUGGACAAACAGGUGAGUGAAAUUGUUCAAAACCAACUUUAACAGUAGCUUAAUAAUCAUCCUGUCUGUUGAAAAAUUCAGUAACCAUCAUGGUGUAGCAUGGAUAUAGCCAAUGUAGCUUCUAGUAACAAAAUGCUGUUAUUGACACACCAUGAUUUGGUUAGCCGGUUAUGUCCCAAUAGUGAUCAAUAUCAAUUUUCUCCUAAAUGAUAUCAAUCAAGAGAAAAGUUCAUGAGAAGAAAUAAAAUUUCUACCAAGGGGAAAGUACUUUAAUAGCUCAGUUUCGAAUUUGUUGCAGCUGAUGAAUAGAAGAAUAGAAGGGUUAGCCUUGACCUAAAGUAAAAUAUUCACAAAUACCAGCAAAAAGGUGCUUAAAUUUGAGAACAAAACGUAGACACAGUUGUGCACAGGUCUUAUACUGACUGGAAUUUGUGAAUAUAUUUACCUUAGGUUAAGGCUAACCCUAAAUAAAUGAGCCCUCAGUGAUUCUAUUCAGCGGUGGUAACAAAUUCAAAACUGGACGAUUGUUCUUUAUCAAAUUCUUUAAACUUAUUCAGUAAGGAAAUGUCUGGACCGCAAUUCAUUAAGAAAUGUUUGCAGACUAGCAGUCUGGAGAAUUUGUAUGUGAGUGUUGAAGCUUAAAGGGCUUAGAGGCGAAAAUGAAAAAAGGCACAACUCAGUGAUUUUAGUCCUGAAGAAGCCAUUCACUUGACUCCAAAGUACUAUUGUAGAGAAAAAAAAUUAAAUUUAAUUAAAUUUGGGUAGAACAAUCCAACCUUAUUGUGACUUGUAGUGUACUGUAGCUAGGGGUGUCAGAGUAGGCUUCAGUGAUUCCCAUUACUUUUUAUAGACUGACCACAAGAAAAUAGUCCUAGUGUUUGCACAAAACGUUAAGGCUCGGAAUCCCAGAUUUGGUAGUAUCAGAAUUUGGGAGUCAAUCUUACCAUUUUUAUUUAGAGCUGACAACCUCUGUAGACAAUGAAUAUCAAUACCAUCUGGCUACCCACUUAUAGUAUUUGUUAGCAUGCGCUAAACAGCAUCUGUCCUCUGUUCUUUUUUUAGGGAUACAGGAGAGUAAAUACAUUUUUUGUGCCCAGAGUUCUCCUGAACAUGCCAGCAGGGGUUAUCAGCAUGACUUUUGGGCUUCAGGUUGGUAAAAUAGUUUUAGUUACAGCGGUGCAACCCUGUGACAUUAGAGUCUGGUUCAUUAAAUCAAUUUAAACGCAUUCUCUUUCAUAAUGUUUAAAAACACGGCAUUCAGGGGAAUCAGGUUUUUAAGUGGCAUAUAGUUGUAAGUUAAUAUAAUGUUAGGAUUAGGAUUUUUAGGUUUUCGGAUGUUAGUCAUUGUAUUGGAAUUUAUUGUACCUGAUGAAUUUUUUACUGUGUAUACAGGUAAGUAAUGAUUAAAGAAUUAAGAUGAAAGAUUUUCUUUUUUCUAGCUCUUUUUUAAUCCGAAUAGCAUAGAUCAUGAAUGAAACAGUUAUCCAGAAAUGUUUAACUUUUCGCAGUUAUGUUCCCCCGAGAACAUGUUCGUCAACAGAAAUGCAGCUGAUUCUGCUUAUUAUCAUCAUCAUAGUUAUAGCUUUGUCAGUAAAAUUUGAAUAAGUAGGGCAAAUAAAUCGAUUUUGAGAUCACGUUUACACCAAACAGCGAUAAAAAAAAUCAAAGUUGACGAUUUUCAAAUUAGGAAAGAACAUUUAAAAAGUGUAUAAAAGUUCUCUAAAUUAGCAUAAUAAGUUAAAAACAAGUUAUAAUAGAUAAAAAUGUGGUGAACGCUAAAAUGUGAUAAAAUAUGUAAAAUAAUUAAAAGACUGCAAACUAAUUUUUAUGAAUAAAAAUGCUACUGAUACAAUUUUUUUGUAGACAUAAUGAGCAGUAAACUUUACUUAGUUUACUAUGCCGUACAAAAGGUGGUUCUAACUUUUGAGGACAUUUCAUGGGGUCAUACAUGAACCACUGACCCUGCACAAGGUGGUUCUAACUUUUUAGUCUGUGUAUGAAAUCCUGAAGUGUGACCAUUCAAAUGAAAGCUACUGAGCAGUACUUUCUUGUGGUACUGUUUAUCAUGCUGUACAAGGUGGUUGCAACUUUUGAGUCUGUGAAUGAAGUGUAACCAUUCACAUGUAAGCCACUGAGCAGUACUUUUAUGUGGUGCUAGUCUAAAAUGUCAGCCGUCUCCACUACCUAACCCGUGCAAAAUUUGUCUACUAAUUCUAAUCUUAGGGGCCAAACCACGCGGUGUCCACCGCUUGUGCCGCCAGUGCGCAUGCUAUUGGAGAUGCUUUUAGAAUGAUACGUUAUGGUGAUGCUGAUCUCAUGGUGGCUGGAGGUGUUGAAGCAUGCAUUAUGCCACUUUCAGUGGCGGGCUUUUGCAAGUAAGAAAAUUCCUGGGUUGUAGGCGUUGUUAUAUUACUGUGCCGUUGGGACUGGGCCGAUGCUAAUGGUCGAAAUGGACUAUGGGACUGUUUUGUGGGUGGAUUUUUUACCCCGUUUUCUUUCCACCCUCAGUACGACGGCGACGACGAUGGAAACGAGAUAGUUUAAAAAGCAAUAGGUGUAAUGAACAAAAUCAGUCGAAUCUCUGCUAACGGCCACCUCUCCACAACGACUAGCCUGCGUAGCAAGCGUUUCGUGCGGUUUAGGAGCAAAGAACGAGGAACGGGAGUCAAAGACCGCGCGAAAAAUGGCGUAAGUAAAAGAGCGGGGAGGGGGUGGGGAAGAAAGUUUCCUUCCUUCCCCUCCCCCUCCCCCACUUUCAUUGUUUGGUUCUUGUUUCAUUUCUCGCGCGGCCAAAACCGAGAACCCGUUCCUCGGUCUUUCUUUGCUGCGGAACCAAACGGAAACGCUUGCUACGAAGGCUACACAACGACCAGUUUUUUUUGUCCCGGCGGGCAGUCCAUACAUUGACUCGUCUUUAAACCUCUCUACAACGGCAACGACCACUAAAGCAUGUCCCCAACUACCUAAAGUAACCUCUCAACGACGGCCAGUUUUUUUCAGCAAUUGAUAAAAAGUCAAGAAUGGUCAUGACAUUUGAUGCGUAUGGAAUGACUAAUCGCGGCAGUUGUAUUUUGACUGUACUCCAUUUAUACUCAGACUGCAGUAAGCAUAAAUUGUCUACGAUACUUACAGCGAAUGCUGCAAACCUUGCUCGUUUUGUCACAUCCAGACAUUUUGAUUCAAAAAAAUUGCUCGUUUUUUUGUGUAUUUUAUCUCUACGAUGGUUUUUAUAUGAUUGGAUAACCAUUAUGGAAUUUAGUAAGCAUGAAAUUAGCACAAUAAAUAUGUUGUACUCUCUAAAAAAAUCUGCCAUAUUACACCCCUACCUCUUAAUAACGGACACCUUUCCACAACGGCUACUUUCUUCUUUUCCCAAGGGGGCUGUUGUGGAAAUGUUCGACUGUAACAAUGCAUGAACUACAACGCUUUUCUGUCAGUUUCUCUGCUAUCCCUGCACAACUUCGACGUGAAAAUCCCUUUCGUACGUCAUCAGAAGGCGAUAAAUUUUACUGUAUCUAUCUGAGCUUGGACGCGGUCCUCUCUCUUCAGCUUCAGCUUCAGCUUAAUUUUCUAACUAUGUAAGACUGAACGAAUUGGAACUAAUCAUGAAAAAGACGUAGAGCCAGUUUUUCAGUGACGUUGUCAGAUCGUAAGGUCCCUAAUAGCCUAUGUGACAGGGGUUCGAAAUGGAAGGGGAAGGGAAUUCGCGCCCGUGAGGGAGAAGAAAAGAGGGGAACGCCUUCCACGCGGCUGGUCCCCAGUAAUCUCGUACCCAAAUGUUCCACGGCCGAGGGAAAGACGUUAGACAUUGAGAUCUGGGUACGAGAUAAGAUCGCCAGGAAAGAGGUAAUAGCAGUUCGUCAAGACACCGGCUCAGUCUCCCACUCAACCUCAAAAUGACCAAUAGCGUUUUUAUUUCCUUAACCAGAAUGCGAGCACUGACCACCAAGUUCAAUGAUCGUCCUGAAGAGUCAUCGCGGCCGUUUGAUAGCCAGAGGUCUGGGUUUGUGAUGGGAGAGGGAGCGGGGAUCAUGAUUUUAGAGGUACGCUGUAGAUGAAAGUUAGUGGUUCCAGUGCCAUACACUGCAAUGAAAAAAUUAAAUAAACUGCAUUUUAACCAUCAAAGAAGAAAAUAAAUCAAGGAACUAACAAAGGGAACCUCCUAUUUUGAAAAAUUCAGUGAAAUGUAAGAUUUUAUCUAAGUAUCCAGCUCUAUUUUUUUUUGCAAACGUUCUGUUUGUAGUCCGUGACAACCUCCUUUUGCUUAAUUAGUUUUCCUGUAGCUGCUGAGAUUUGAAGCUGUAUAAUUGCUGUCAAAUGAAAAGGUAGUGCUUAACUAGUAAGAGUAAGUCAACCCUCCACAAUGUUCACUGGUUUUUUUUUUUUUGUUACCUUAGGAAUACGAACACGCGAUUACUCGUGGUGCAAAAGUGUACGCGGAACUUCUGGGGUAUGGACUUUCAGGUUGGAGUUAUUUUGUUUGCAAUCAAUAAGCUGUUGUUAUAUAGCCAUACUUUUUACUUUUAAAUGAAGAGAACAAUCGUAAGUUGUUUUGUUCUAUUAAUUUGUCGUAAACAUUCUUCUUCGUUUAGUGUUGUUACGCAAUCCUAUCAGCAGCGGGUCGUAAGCAUUUAGGUAUUUAGUAUCGAAAGUAUAACUAACCUUGGGUCUCUGAGGAUGUGUAAAAACAGUGUGUAAAAUUUUAGUUUAUGUCGUGUUGCGUUUAAUACCCAUGACGCACAGUACGUUUCGGUUAACCCUUUAAACCCUUAGAGUGAUCAGCAUCAAAUUUCUCCUUGUAAAAUCAAUGCUUUGUAAAACAGAGUGGUCAUGAGAAUUACGGGCAUGAUCACACGAGAUGAACUUGUCUGAUAUUUUAUCAACUUCUCCCCACGACUUCUGUAGGAAAUGAAUAGGGGCAGCAAAUGAGAAUUCAAAUUUUGAUCUUAAGGUUUAACUUGUUAAGCACUUCCUACUGUUUACUUGUAUCUGUACAGGAGACGCGUAUCACAUCACGGCCCCAUCAGAGGGAGGGUACGGGGCGUAUCUGGCCAUGAAGAAUGCACUCAGAGACGCUCGUCUCGAACCACAAGACAUCCACUAUAUCAACGCACACGCUACAUCUACUCCACUUGGUAGGGCUCGUUCACUGGUCUUUUUUAUACUAAUUUAUUAUGAAUCAAAUUCCAAUGGACAAAGAUAAACCUACCCAAGACUUUUGACCGCAGUGAAUCUAAUCUAGCUUUUGUCGAGAGCCAAUGUCAAGAUCGCUAGCUCCCCCUCCCCAAAACACUGUCGUGAGAUGUUGUGACGUCCGUUGCCAGCCCUCGCUCGGACCACGUGACCCGAAACACAUAGGCCGCGCGGAAUAAUAAGGCCAAGGGACUAUGCAACAUUGGUCGGCGAGGACAUAUUCGGCAAAAGGUAAUAACUUUUCCAAAACCUUAACUAACAUGUUAUUAAAUUCAGGCCAGCAGCAUAGAUUUCUUCCUCUUUUUUUAAUUUCCAGGAGACGCUGGAGAAAACAAUGCAAUAAAAACGUUGCUUGGAAGCCAUUCCAGAAAUGUUCAAGUUUCUUCCACUAAAGGUAACUUUCUUUUGGCUUUGAUUUUUAAGCCGUAAGGGCCAGUUUAAACGGAAAUUGUUGAGAAACUAACCUGUUAUAUGCCCUUAGUUAGCUGGGACGAACCAAAGUAAAAGCAAAAAAGACGAAAAAGGAGAAGAAGAUAGAAAAAGAAGACAGAAAAACAAACAAAUAAACAAAAAAGAAAGAAAGAAGAAAACGGUCGAGGACUGGGGAGAGAAGGGGUGGUUUCUCACCCCAUUCCUUGCCAAUAUUCCUAGCCAUUCCGUGCCAAAAUUUGUACGAUAAUGUGUAUUUAGCCCUGUUUGGUUAAAAUUGUUUUUUUUGUCUGAUUCAGUUGAUUGGUUCGACGCGUCCUAAGUUCGACGUCUGACCCAACAGACGAACUUAAUUUAGGUCGACCCAAAUGAGAGUUUGGUUCGUCUCAUGAAAAGUUCAACGUUUGGCCUAGGCCUAACUUCCUCUUAAACGGCGCAAAUUACAGCACUACUGGCGCUUGUGUUCUCUUUAUUUUCUAGGGGCCAUUGGUCACCUGUUAGGUGCAGCUGGUGCGGUGGAAGCUAUUUUUACCGUCUUAACUGUUGCCCAAGUGAGAUUUCUUAGACUUGCAUUCAUUGCUUACCAUUAGUGCAAUUACCAUACGAUUGCUAAGCUCUUCCCUCUAUGUUGUAUGCCCGUUUUGGGCAUCGGUUGGUCAUGGUGACCUCUCUGGUCCCCAACAUAUAGCUGUUAUUUUGUCAUUCACAAGUAAUUUCUCAAGUUUUAUUUCGAAUGAAGACACAUUACUGGCAUUAUAAACAAAACGAAGUAGCUAACCGUGAUAGAGUCCCUUUAAAUCCCAUUCAGUGCCUCAUUCGAUGCCUGUGUGUACCUUUGCAUAGUUUGAUUAUCCCUUGAAUGCUUAUUCUUUGUAUUUUCCUUUCGUUUUCAAUUCUUAGGGUGUGGUCCCGCCCACAUUGAACUUGCAUAGCGUAGACUCAGAGGAAGACUUUGACAUGAACUACGUGCCGCUGACGUCUCAGCCGUUUCUUGGUCCUGAACCGAGAACAGCACUGACUAACUCGUUUGGUUUCGGUGGCACCAACGCUUCUUUGUGUUUUCGACAGUUUGUCGCCGCGCCCUAA